AUGAUGCUUCCCUACUUUGCGGAAUCGGGCUCGCUGCCCGCACCACUGCCCACCGAAGAUGAGCUUGAGUCUGCUGAGUCACUGCCUUCGAUUUACCCACCAGACCUUCGACGCAACGUUAUCGUCAGAGGCCGAUAUGUCGUCAAGUACGGCAGCGGUGUAAAAGAAAAUGAGGGACGGGCUCUUUUGGCUCUGGAGAAGUACCCAUCCAUACCGUCCCUAAAGCUCUACGCCAUGUACCGUCAAGAUGACAAGCUCUACAUCGUGAUGGAGUUCAAAAGGGGAAUCCAGCUUGAUGAAGUGUGGAGUAGCAUCCCAGAGCCCGUAAAGUCGGAUGUGAUCACACAACUACGCAUGAUCAUGGAUAGUAUGCGCAAAAUUCCCUCUGCCGGCAUUUUUGGAAGCGUCUCGCACGUACAUGUACCGCACAGAUUCUUCUGGACGCCUGUCCCGUACCCCCAGAUCAACGGCCCCUUUGAGCAUGAGCAGGACUUUAGCAUGGCCAUGGCCGAGCGCUCCCAGUGUGCCUGGGAUGAAGAGAUAAGCAGGACCAACAGGAGUUGGGUUUCAGGCUGGCUCGCUCGCAAUCUCCCCACCGUUCUCAGGGGUCACCCUUCAGUCUUCACUCACGGCGACUUCCAGCGAAAGAACAUACUGGUCGAAAAGGUGGCCGUCAAGGAUGGGAUUGAAAGUUCGCAAUGGAGGGUGACUGCGCUUCUUGACUGGGAGGAUGCAGGCUGGUACCCAUCUUACUGGGAGUACGCAUCUUGCUUCGUGGAUUUCGGUAUGGAGGAGGAAUGGCCGGAGUAUCUGGAGGGCAUACUCGAGCCUUUUCCUCUUGAGUCGGGCUUGCUGAAAGUUGUGCGUCAAGACAUAGACUAUUGA